CGGGGGGGGAGAAAGUCCUUAUUUAAGCCCCUGCCAGAGGUUUCACUGCUACAUUAAAGGGAGAGAGUGGCCGCGGGCAGAGUCAGACCUCAGCUCUCACCGCCACCGGAGAGCACAGAGUGAGUGAGCAAACCCGGUCUCUGGGAGGUCCGAUGGCCCGGCCGUUGUGUUAUUCCUGGAUUCUACACUGUACCUGCUGCCUCCUCGUCUAUUCACAUCUGGUCCUGGAAGAAAAGAAAUCCGAUGAUCAGCAAAGCCUCUCCACAGACGAGCACACCGGCAUCUCCAUAGUAGAAUUGCCAAAGGCCAGAAUACGAAACAUCAGGAGGGAAAAUGACAAACAGAAUGCCAACCAGAACAGAAAAACACAGAACAACGGAAUCGCGGUGGUUCACAGGGCGAAGAGGCCGAAGGCCCAAGGACAGUGUGUGAAGCUGUGGGGGAUGUGCCUGCCCCCCUCGCCCCCCUGCUGCCAUCCCUGCGCCUUCUGUCACUGCCGAUUCUUCAACACUGUCUGCUACUGCCGGAAACUCAACCCAAAGUGCCUGGACAGAACAUAGGCGUGAUCAGUGUUCAGUGGGUGGGUUGGGGGCUUUGAAGAAGGAGUGUUAAUAACCAAAUUGAGGGUAUAUUGUAUUUUUUUGGGGGGUGGGUUCCAUUGUGGCCCGAUUUGGAUGAUGGGGGUUUCCAAUUGGAUAUUUUAGGAAGUUUUCAGCCAAGUUCUAACCAGCCUGACUGAGGCUGAGGUACCAUUUUUUUUAAGCCUCAAAAUUCGACAUGGCACAGAGUUAUCGGAAAAUUGCUAAAUCUGUUGUUAAUUGCAGAAGCCGGGAUUGGAUUGGAGAAUUUUCCGGCUAUCUGUGUGUGUUUCUCUCUCUCUGUCCGUCCCUUGUCCUAUUAUUAUACCCAAACCCAGAAACUCUCGAUCGCUGUAAUCAUUGGAUUGGGGAGUCCAUGCACUAAUGUACUAUCAAACGCUAUUAACAGCCUGUAAUUCAUCCCCAAGAUCCGUAAUUCAAUGAAUAACUCUCCUAAACCCCUGGAUUAAAUUGUAUCAACCUCU